ACUCGCACGCUCUCAUUUCUCUGAGUACAACAGCUGGUGAGCGGCACAAGUCCGAGCUGAGGAAGACUAUAAACCAGGAACUAAAGUCUAACUCGGGAUAGACAAAAGCUCGUCUGUUUGGUGAAAGUGCCAAAACAGCCGUGCGCAAUUACGCAUAGAAAUAUAUAUAUUAAGUUACACAAUGAGUGCCACGACCGCCAUGGAAGUCAACGCCGAAGCCAGACGGAUCCUGGCCGUGUCGAUAAGCAAGUUGUACGCGUCCAGGACCCAGAGAGGAGGACUAAGACUCCACCGGAGUCUUCUGCUCUCCAUGGUCAUGAGGUCUGCCCGGGACAUCUAUCACUCGUCCCGGGAGAGCGAGGGGACCAGCGGCGCGCCGCCAACACAGGAGGAGCCGAUGGACGUCAGCUCCAACCCGGGGGAACAAACCGGGCUGCCCGAGCCUGCCCAGCCUGAGCCCCAGCCGGCGCUGAGUCCUGCCGAGCCGCCCCCAGAGGAGCCGGCCAGCGCGGAGGAGGACAGUGACAGUGAAAUGACAGAGGACAAAGAGAACUUGAGCCCCUCCAGGCAGUCCAGGAAACGCCGGGGCAAGGCGUCGGCGGCGCCCGACUUCCUUCCCAGCAAGAGGGCGAGGCUGGAGCCCGGAGAGGAGCGGUAUGCGGCCCCACUGGGCAGCUGUCGCGCCGGGGCCGGGGAGUCCCUGGCCGCUUUGUCUCUAAAUCGGGUUAUACCUGCUUGCUGAACAGAUGGAGGGAGAAAAUAGCCUCCAAUUGGACUUUGAAUAGGAGUGAUUCUCAGCGUAAACCGUAAGGGCGGUGUGAUCCCUUGGCGCGCCAAGGAGCUGACCUACAUCGGCGGUCCCGGGACAAAGAGAUUACCGGGGCCAUGGUGCGAGGUCUCCGUUCGAUCAGAGUGUGCCUGCCGGGCUGCUGAAGCCGCCCCCCCCAACACACAUGGAGAUCAACAAGGAAAGAGAAGGAACUGAAGCAGGCCGGAGGGAGUUACGGGCCACAAAGUUUGAGGAAGAGACUUAAGGGGGCGUCGCGUUUUGUUUUCCCGGUGAUUCACCUUCAGUAAAAUGAGUCCAAACAAGUGACUGCUGCUGACUCAAAGUGUGUGCAUGUGUGAUUCAGCAGAGAGCGAUGUGAGUCAGUCAGAGGAGAAGCGCAAACGGCUGACCACAGAGCAACACACACACACACACAGACGGGUAGGCCUUCAGGGAAUUUCCUGCCUUUGUGCCGGGAUGUCAGACUGUAACAGUGAAAGAGGAAGGACAGUUGAGGCAGAGUCGCUGCCACACACACAUUCAAAUGCUGCUGUGGACUUUGAUAAAUCGAUACUACUGCUUGGGGACUGUCCUGUAUGCUGUGCUCACAUGGUGCUUUGACUAAAAAAAAAAAAAGAAAAGAAAAAAGUCAGGCUGUCCACAUGGUGUUGGAAACCCAGUAAUCUAAACUCUCUGUUUAUGUCACUGAAAUGUUCUGGUUCAUGUCUGACCUGUGAAGAAAAAAAAAUAAUAACAUUACCUCACAUUCCAGGCUGCUUUUUAAAAAAAUGUUUGUAUGUUUGAAUUAAUGGUGUACGAUUGUUUGUAAUAAACACACUGAAGGGUU